CACACCGGUUUUUUAUAAACAUGUCGGAAAGUGGUUGCACAGCGUGAAUUUGUUUUACCAUUAUUUCCAUUCAUCUAAUUUAUCAUAAAACUAUCCUUGUUUUAUUUUGUAUUUAACUUGGCUGUUGUGUUCGUGAGGUGAUGUUCAAAAGGAUGAAAUUUAAUAGAAGUGGAUUGAGGCAUUGAUUAUUAUCGCGAAAUUCAAUAAAAGAAAGGUCCCCAGUGAGGCAAAUAGUAAAUUAUUGGAUAACGCCAGCCCACAAGAUGGCCGACUGUUAUUCGUAAGAUAAUGUCUGGUGCAUCUGGUUCAUCAGGAAGCGGGACAGGACGAGGACGGGGCAGUGCAAACUCCGGAGUAUCUGAUAACAAACCUGAUUCGAAAGAAAACAGACCAAAUCCCAAGAUGUCAAAAGCUCUAGGCACAUCGGCUAAGAGGAUCCAGAAGGAAUUGGCAGAGAUCACACUUGAUCCCCCACCAAAUUGCAGUGCGGGGCCAAAAGGAGACAAUUUAUAUGAAUGGGUGUCAACCAUUCUAGGACCACCAGGCUCAGUGUAUGAGGGUGGUGUCUUCUUCCUUGAUAUACAUUUUUCACCAGAAUACCCAUUUAAACCGCCUAAGGUGACAUUCCGCACCAGGAUAUACCACUGUAACAUCAACAGCCAGGGUGUGAUAUGUCUGGACAUUCUCAAGGACAACUGGUCUCCCGCACUCACUAUAUCUAAAGUCUUGCUGUCUAUAUGCUCACUGCUGACUGACUGCAAUCCAGCGGACCCCCUAGUGGGCAGCAUCGCCACACAGUAUCUGCAGAACAGAGACGAGCACGACCGCAUCGCGCGCCUCUGGACCAAGCGCUACGCGACAUGAUUGCCCUGUCUCCUCUCCCCUGCCCACACUGUCCCCACCCUGUCCCCACAUACGCGUAUCCUACCAAUCGUUCUGUUCUCAGUCCAUCUUAAAUGUAAGCUUACUUAUUCUGUGUGCACAGUUUGCGACAUAUUCCCCGUUAUACAGUCGACUUCAUUACAAUUCAAUGUAAUGUAGGAAUAAUCCAUCAGAAAAAAAAUUGUAUCUCUUAGUAGAGGUAACUUUUUUCAAUGGAUAGGUCAAGUUGACUUACAGGGAUCUUCCCUCAAAUUAAAGUCUAUCAGCCUUAUAAAUAAACGCGGUAUGAAGUUAAACUUAGGAAUAAACUGAGUAUAAACAAAUAUUAGUACAGAUUUAGCUUAUACUCAGUUCUUUAUACUGCAUUUAUUUGUAAGGCUGUAUGUGUGUGUAAAGGAUAUGUCAGAAAUGAGAGUUCUUAUUAGUCCUGAUGUACACAAGACAAUUUAAAUUGAUACUAAUUUUGUGUUAAAACCAAGGAAGGGAAAUGUUAUAUCUUUAACACUUACAAUAUUAUUCAGUGUGACGGACAACUAAUUUGAAACAAUAUACUGAACUAGUAACUAGUAAAUAGUAAAAAACAGAUUUUUUGCUACAAUAACUCCGUCUAAUUAAGUUACAAAAUAAAUAUUGUCUUGUGUACGAAAGGACUAACCUUUUUUUAUCAGAUGGGGUGAAUUGACACCUCAAAGCAUAGAUCAUUCUCCGAUGUAUGGUCUCUGACGACCCUACUUUUGUAAAUGUAAUCGAAUAUGCCGUGAAGUGUGUUGUAUAUUGGCUUAACUUCAUUUAGUUGCGAUCAUUGUGAUGAAACCAUUACGAAAUGGUACGAACUGUGUAAUAUUAGGUUUUUUCUUAGUUAAUAAAUUGGAUGACUCUAUGUUUAGUCCUGUAUUAUAUUGCAGUGGUAAUUUUACUAAUGUAUGUAUUAGUAACCAGUGAAUUGAGUCAAAUUUCCCAACUGCGUUGAUCUCAGACACUUUGAACUGGUACUGCUUAAGUAUUUGUCAAAUUAAUGUCUACUUUAGAGCUCUGAGUAUAAAAAUGGUAUUGUUUCUGUGUAUUUCCAUUUUGUGGGAAAGUAUGUUUGGUGAUUUUUAUACUGUGCUUAAUUUUGUUUCCGUAUGCCAUCAAAUUCCUUGCUUUGUAAUGUCCUCGAAAUAUUGUAAUUGUCUUUUUGAUGUAUAUAGUAAUUAUAAUUUCAAUUAUACAAUUUAAUUUUUUUGUAGUAAUUUUUUUUUUCAUUAUUGUAUCUUUAAUGUAUAUGGUUGUUGAAGAACCUCGCAAAAUGAUUUUGGUUUCCUAAUUAGUGGUUGGAAUUAAAUUAAAAGAGAUCCUUUUUUGUCAUUUAUUUUGUUCGAACAGAUUAUCGUCUAGUCCAAGGUUAACAGACAAUCGUAAAUUAUAAUUUCUUAUAAUUUGAAUUUACUAUUUAGUAAUAAUAACUAAGGUGUCAAGCCAGAAAAUUUGAAGACAUUUUGGUGAUUCCAAGAACUAUCAGUUUUUUUAAAUAAAAUGACCAUUAAAAUAUC